AAUUUCUCAACAAUGCUAGCCGCUCGUGGAUUUUUCAAAUCUACUCGAAUUUCCAAUCGAUUUUUUGCCAAAAAAUCAGUGAAGAAUUUAACAAAUGAUGACGUGGAUGUUUUGACGAAUCCCAGCGACGAAUACGUGGAUUCUUUCAUGAAAUAUCACGGAAACGGUCGAGCAGUAUUCAAGCGUGAAGAUUUGGCUCAGUGGCGCGAUAGCUUCCCGGACUACAAAUUCAAAGUGAUCAGCUUAAAAGGAGCGCCGAGAGUCAUCGCAACGGCACAUUUGUGCACAUUUCGCCCCAUUGAUCCAUCAAUCAAUAAAUCGAUAAUGUUCAUGGGUUUCGGAUGGAUUGAUCCUGGAUUCAGAUCUCCCGGAACGGCAAAACUUCAGAAUGAUAUGUGUCGAGUGGAAAUGGACAGGGAAGAUGAUAAUAUUGUCUCACAGAUUAACCAACCGGCCAAAAAUUUCUGGCACAAGCUGUCCAAGCGGAAAGAAUUCUUGGAUCUCGGACACAAAGCCGGCGACGUUGGCUACAAGACAUUCUACAGUGCACACGACGUCGUGCUCCCUGAGAACUUGGAUUUGUCUGGAAUUACAGUGAAAAAUGCUCGAGAAGUUCCGAAGAGAGAUAUCAUAAAUUAUGAUCAGACAAUUCAUCCGUAUCACCGCGAAAAGUACAUCAUCUCUCAUAUGUACGAUCGGGAUGGAUUCGGGAAAGUGGCGUAUGAUGAGGAGGGAAAUGUGAUUGGAAUCGGGCAAGCUGUGAUCUAUGAGAACAGAAAAGAUUGUAAUUUAGGGCCUAUUUAUGCUGAAAAUACACGUGUCGCUCAGGCAAUGUUUGCGGAGAUUUUGAAAGAUAUUAAGGCAUCCGAGAAGACGGUCGUCAGUUUUGAAGUUCGAUCCGGGCAGCUGAAUAAGGAUAGUUUUUGCUGGCUCACCCCAUUCCUGACACACAAACCAACUCGUUCGCACGUCUGUAACCUGGUCUACACUGAUUGUGUGCCUGAAAAUAUCGAUUUUUCCAAAGUCUACAGCCCAACUCACGCUCAACUUUUCAUGGUUUAAUUCUGAUUCAGAAAUAAAACGUGGAAGCUACACAAUUUU